AUGGCGACCUACGUACAACCCUGCAUACGGCCAAUGUGUACACCUCCAUCAUAUGCUGGCCUUGGCAGAGCUGACAGAGAUAAUUUCAACAAAGGAUUUGGCUAUGGAUUGGUGAAACUGGAUGUGAAAACAAAGUCAUGCAGUGGUGUGGAAUUCUUAAUAUCUGGUUCAUCUAAUACUGACACUGGUAAGGUUACCAGGACUUUGGAGACCAAAUAUAAAUGGUGUGAAUAUGGUCUGACUUUCACAAAAAAAUGGAACACUGAUAAUACUUUGGGAACAGAAAUCGCCAUUGAAGACCAGAUUUGUCAAGUGAAACUGACAUUUGACACUACCUUCUCACCAAAUACUCAAAAGAAAAGCGGUAAAACCAAGUCCUCUUACAAGAGGGAAUGUAUAUUUCCUUACGAAUGGGAAUGUAUAAAUCUUGGUUGUGAUGUUGACUUUGAUUUUGCUGGACCUGCAGUCCCUGGUUCAGCUUUCUUUGGUUAUGAAGGCUGGCUUGCUGGGUACCAGAUGACCUUUGACAGCACCAAAUCAAAGCUGACAAGGAAUAAUUAUGCAGUGGGCUACAGGACUGGAGACUUCCAGCUACACACAGAAUUUGGAGGAUCAAUUUAUCAGAAAGUAUGUGAAUAUCUUGAUACUUCAGUAAACCUUGCUUGGAUAUCAGGUACCAACUGCACUAGUUUUGGCAUUGCAGCUAAAUAUCAGUUGGAUCCCACUGCUUCCAUUUCUGCAAAGGUUAACAACUCUAGUUUAAUUGGAGUGGGCUAUACUCAGACUCUGAGGCCUUGUGUGAAGCUUACAUUGUCUGCUCUGGUAGAUGGGAAGAGCAUUAAUGCUGGAAGCCAUAAACUUGGGCUUGCCCUGGACCUGGAGGUGUAA